GUAAGCAAGCAGGCAGGCAGGCAGACAGCGGAGUUGCCCCGAACGAACAUCUUGUCCGACUUCCCAAAGCGAACCCAAAACCAUCCCGGCUGGCUGCGCCUCCUCCUCCUGCGCCGCACCGCUCACAGAAGACUUUCCCACGGCGGGACUUGACCGUGUCGCCACCCUUGUUGACUUUGGGACCACUGCUGUGCGACUAUUUUCUUUUGUUUUGUUUUUGUUUGAGGGAGGAUUUUCAACGCUUCCAAGCUGUCCGCAUGUGACGGCGGAGAAAGUGUCUUGUUCGUCGGAGGCCAGCGGCGGCUUUGCUCCGCCGAGCUAACGUGCUAGCGUUACAGGUGUCUUCGAAGGCGCCCCGGAACCCACCGCGUUCCCAAUUUUGCCCGUUAUCGGGCUUCUUGGCCCCAAAUGCCGCCACUUGAUUCAACUUAACGUGCCUGUAAUCGUUUAGAACCGGCGAGGGUGUCGCUUAGCCACCUUGUUGUUAGCCGUUAGCUUCCGAGUUAGCCGCCGUGCUGUGUUUACACCGAACGGUGGGCUAACCCCCCUCGUUAGCCGGCAAAGCUAACGAGUGGACCCCGGAGCUACAUGUGCCUAACCCCGAAUGUAGAUUGCUUUUCAACGCCUUAACGCAACGACCUCCCCGCCCAGCCCGGUUCGUAUACGAUCGAAGCCAACCGGCCGCGUUGGACGGACGAACAGACGGACUCUUUCGCCGUGCUCGCCGCCCUGGACUGACCCACCCACCCACAAAAGCGGGCUAACUAUCCGCCGGGGCCGAUGCUGACAGUUCGGGCCGGAGCACGGCAACGCCAGGAGCCGCCACCGCAGCAGAAGCAGCAGCAGCAGCAGCGAUGCAGCCCCAGCAGAUCUACGACUUUUCCAGUGACGAGAACAGUCACAAGUGGAGAGGCCUCUUCGUGCAAGCCCUGCGCAAGGUGCAGAAGCAGGUCCACCCCAACCUCCAGGCCAAGGAGGACGCCCUGCAGCACAUUGAGGAGCUGAUCCUGCAGCUUCUCAACAUGCUGUGCGUGGCGCAGCCUCGCUCCGUGCAGGACGUGGAGGAGCGAGUUCAGAAGACCUUUCCCCACCCGAUAGACAAGUGGGCCAUCGCCGACGCGCAGUCGGCCAUCGAGAAGCGGAAGAGGAGGAAUCCCCUGCUUCUCCCCGUGGACAAGAUCCACCCGUUGCUUAAGGAGGUGCUGGGCUACCGAGUGGACUACCACGUGUCGUUGUACAUCGUGGCCGUGGUGGAGUACAUAUCGGCGGACAUUUUGAAGUUGGCGGGCAACUACGUGGGCAACAUUCGCCACUACGAGAUCAGCCAGCAGGACAUCAAAGUGUCCAUGUGUGCCGACAAGGUGCUGAUGGACAUGUUCGACCAGGAGGACGACAUCGGCCUGAUGUCGCAGUGCACCGACGAGCCCUCCACGUCGGGCGAGCUCACGUACGACGACCUGGUGCGGCUGGAGAUCGCCGAGGAGCGCCAGUACCUGCGCGAGCUGGACCUCAUCAUCAAAGUGUUCCGUCACCACUUCCUGUCCAACUCCAAAAUCUUCACGCCGCGGGACGUGGAGGUGAUCUUCAGCAACAUCCUGGACAUCCACGAGCUGACGGUCAAGCUGCUCGGCCUCAUCGAGGACGCCGUGGAGAUGACGGCAGACGGCAGCCCUCACCCUUUGGUGGGCAGUUGCUUCGAGGACCUGGCCGAGGAGCAAGCGUUCGACCCCUACGAGACGCUCUCCCAGGACAUCCUCAGCAAAGACUUCCACGAGCACUUCAACAACCUGAUGGCCCGGCCCACCGUGGGCCUCUACUUCCAGUCUGUAGCAGAAGGCUUCAAAGAGGCCGUUCAGUACGUCCUUCCGCAGCUGAUGAUGGUGCCUGUGUACCACUGCAUGCACUACUUUGAGCUCCUGCAGCAACUUCAGGAGCGCAGUGAAGACCAGGAUGACCGGGAGUGUCUGAAGCAGGCCAUCACGGCGCUACUCAACCUCCAGUCCAGCGUGGAACGCAUCUAUGGCAAGCAGCAGCCACGGCGAAAGCCCGGCGAGCCCAUGUACCGCCUGUACAGUCGACAGAUCCGUAGCAAGCAGCUAGCCAUCAAGCGCAUGAACGAGAUCCAAAAGAGCAUCGACGGCUGGGAGGGCAAGGACAUCGGCCAGUGUUGCAGCGAGUUCAUCCUGGAGGGCCCGCUGCUGCGCGCCGGCGCCAAGCACGAGCGCCACAACUUCCUCUUUGACGGCCUCAUGAUCAGCUGCAAGGCCAACCAGAGCUCGCGGCUGCCGGGCUCGGGGAGCGGCGCCGAGUACCGCCUGAAGGAGAAGUUUGUGCUGCGCAAAGUGCGCAUCGUGGACCGCGAGGACUCGCCGGAGCUGCGGCACGCCUUCGAGCUGAUGGGCAAGGACGAGAACUGCGCCGUCUUCUGCGCCCGGACCGGCGAGGAGAAGGCGGCGUGGAUGGCGGCGCUGGUCACGCUGCAGUACCGCUCCACGCUGGACCGCAUGCUGGACACGGAGCUGCAGCACGAGGAGCGGGCGCACCCGCUCCGGCUGCCCUCGCCGGAGCUUUACCGCUUCGCCGUGCAGGACUCUGAGGAGAACAUUGUGUUUGAGGACAAAGUGCAGAGCAAAACGGGCAUCCCCAUCAUCAAGGCGGGCACGGUGGUCAAACUCAUCGAGAGGCUCACCUACCACAUGUAUGCCGAUCCAAACUUUGUGCGCACUUUUUUGACCACGUACCGAUCCUUCUGCAAGCCUCAGGAGCUUCUGACACUGCUGAUUGACAGGAUCGAAAUCCCAGAACCGGAGCCCACGGAGGAAGACCGGCAGGCCCUGUGGAACGGCGACCAGCCCAUGGCGGCUGAGCUCCAGAGGUUCCGCAAGGAAUAUGUGCAGCCGGUCCAGCUCAGGGUUCUCAACGUAUUCCGUCAGUGGGUGGAGCAUCAUUUCUAUGACUUUGAAAACGACCCCGAGCUGAGGACUCGCUUAGAGGAAUACAUCAAGAGCAAAAUCCAACUGCGAGGCAAGUCCAUGCGCAAGUGGGUGGAGUCCAUCAACAAGAUCAUCCGGCGCAAGCUGCAGACGCAGUCCAACGGCGUGAGCCACAACCUCACCUUCGGCAGCACGCCCCCGCCCAUCGAGUGGCACAUCUGCCGCGCCGGCCAGGUGGACUCCUUCGAUCUCAUGACCCUGCACCCCAUCGAGAUCGCCCGGCAGCUGACCCUGCUGGAGUCCGAGCUCUACAGAGCCGUGCGUCCGUCUGAGCUGGUGGGAAGCGUGUGGACCAAAGAGGACAAAGAAAAGAACUCGCCCAACCUGCUCCGGAUGAUCCGACACACCACCAACCUCACGCUGUGGUUUGAGAAGUGCAUCGUGGAGACCAUGAACCUGGAGGAGCGCGUGGCGGUGUGGACACGCGUCAUCGAGAUCCUGCAGGUCUUUCAGGAGCUCAACAACUUCAACGGCGUGCUGGAGGUGGUCAGCGCCAUCAACUCGGUCCCGGUCUACCGCCUGGACCACACCUUUGAGGCCAUACCGGAGAGGAAGAAGAGGAUCCUGGAGGAGGCUGUGGAACUGAGUCAAGACCAUUUCAAGAAGUACUUAGCCAAACUCAAGUCCAUCAACCCGCCCUGCGUGCCUUUCUUUGGGAUCUACCUUACCAACAUCCUCAAGACGGAGGAGGGCAACCCAGACUUCCUGAAACGCCACGGCAAGGAGCUGAUCAACUUCAGCAAGAGGAGGAAAGUGGCGGAAAUCACCGGCGAGAUCCAGCAGUACCAGAACCAGCCUUACUGCCUUAACGUGGAGCACGACAUCAGGCGGUUCUUUGAGAACUUAAACCCGAUGGGAAACAGGAGCGAAAAGGAGUUUUCAGACUACUUGUUCAACAUGUCCAUGGAGAUCGAGCCCAGGAACUGCAAACAAGCGCCUCGAUUUCCCAGAAAGACGACCUUCACGCUGAAAUCGCCCGGGAUCCGGCCCGUGCGAACCGUCAACGUGAAGGCCCUGGAGAGGGAGCCGCACCACAAGCUCACCUUCCGGAGCAUCGCCGAGACGGACCCCGAGACGCCGGCUUCCGCCUCGGUGCCCACCUCCCCCAACACGCCCACCCCGCCGCAGUCGGCCUCCUCGGACCUCAGCUCGGUCUUCAUGGAUCACGACCUCAGCAGCUCCUACGGCGGUGCGUUUGAGGCCCGUGUGGAAUUUGGAGCCAUUCUACAUAUUAGUAAAGAGUUCCAGUCGGUGUCAUGCGGCAGCCUCCACCAGCUGGGGGAGGAGCUCCUCAAACCGCCGCCACUUCCGCCUCGAAGGAAGGACACCAUGUCGGAAAGCAAAAGCUCUCGGUCGGACAGCCCCCCCGCCAUCCCCCCACGGCUGCCGCCGCCGCUGCCCAGGACGCAGCCGCGGACGCCGGGCUACAACGGCCCCUUGGACGGCCCCCUGCCCAGCCCUCCCCCGCCUCCCCCCCGGGACCCGCUCCCCGACACGCCGCCGCCCGUGCCCCAGCGGCCCCCGGAGAUCUUCAUCAACUACCCGUUCAACCUGCAGCCCUCGCCCGUGGGCCGCUACCACUGGGACUUCGGCAGCUCGCCCGCUUCGCCCAACACGCCGCCCGGCACGCCCUCGCCUCGCGUUCCCCGCCGGAGCUGCCCGCUCAGCGCCAGCCAGAACAGCCUGUGUCCGCUCCCGGCGCCCAUCAUCGCCGCCCCGCCCGUGCCCCCUCGCCACAACUCCAGCCCGCAGUUGCCCAAGCUCCCCCCAAAGACGUACAAGCGCGAGCUGCUGCACGGACUUUCGCUGGUGGAAAACAGCGCCGCGGGGGACCCGUAGGCCACGCCUUCUUUUUUUGCGAACCCUCCAUGUUGAUAAGGGCCGCGGGGACCUUAUGGGCGGCACGUCGGCCUCUCAGUUCUGAGCCUUGGGUCUCUGCUCUGGCCUUCCUGUGAGCAGUUUGCAUGUCAACCCACCCCCUCCCCGUGCUUUCCCGCCACUGUCCAAAAAGGUGCAUGUUAGCUUCACUGACGACUCAAAAUUGGCCAGAGUGGAUCUUAGUUUCUCUAAAUGUGCCCCCGCAGUCGGCUGGCGACCCCGUCCAGGGUCGACCCUGACUUUUGCCUGCCGCCAGCCCGGAUAGGAUCCAGCUCACCUGCCGCUCUUAAUUAAGAGGACAAGCGCUUUAGAAAUGGAAUGGAUGGAUCAUUUUGUUGGGUUACAAAUCUCUUCUUCAGCAGGUAAAAUGCAUUUUCUGUUGGGGUGAUGUCUGAAGGUUGACAAGUCGCAUCCAGUGGAAGUGCGUUUUUUGGAUCUUGGGUUUGCAGUUGCGAGGUUCCGGGUUCCCAUCGCAACUCCGGCGACCCGGGGCUCCCUGCCACAUUCCAACGACAUGCACGCGAAGAUCCAUCUCAGACUCAAAAUUGCCCACAGCGUGAACGUCAGCGUCGACGCUUGGGUGAGCAUAUCUGCGAUUGGUCCAGGCUGCCCAACGUCAGCUGGGAUAAGCUCCAGCUCAUCCGACCCCAAUGAAAUCAAGCACUAUAGAAAAUGGACGAUUGUCUAAUGGUGCACUUUAAAAACAGUUGGGCCAAAAAUAAUCCAGUACUUGGGCAAAAGAGGACAGAACACCACUCGAGUCGAUCUGACCUUCUUUCUUUUUUUUUUUUUUUGACCCGACUGUUUUUAGUGUUUGCCCUGCAACCAGUCCAGGGGGUAGCUCGCUUUUUGCCCAAAGACGGCUAGGAUAGGCUCCAGCUUCCCCACCCGUGACCCAAAUGAGGACAAGCACUCUACAAAAAAUGGACGGCUAGGUGGCUAAAUAGAAAAUGGUCGCAUCCCAUUUGGGGAAAGUUCUCACUGUUGUAGCUUCAACUGUUACGCUUCUUUCUCACCGAACAGCUGCCAAAGUCUUAUCUGUAUUUUAUGCAGGGGGAUAAGGGAAAGGGAUUCUUUGUUUGCUUUUGCGCCUUUUUUUUUUCGUUUUAUACAUGACUUGCAAAAGGUGACCGUGAUUCCGCCAUCCCCUCAACUCUACACUGUGACUGUUUCCAAGACACACAAAAAGUUGCCUUCCCCCAUCCCCCCCUCAGCGCUCCGCCCCGCCCCCUCCGCCGACAUCCCGGCUCGGAUUCUUUGCACAUCGAGCUCAGGCGAACUUUGAUUCCCGUCAAGCCACGAUGUCAAAACGGCGGACAUCGGAAUGACCCUGACCUAAGCGCCAAAUACCCACAAACUCCCCCCCCCCCCGCCCCACCCAGGACUGAGAAUCCAGCCAACCGCGCCGCUCGGAUGUGCCUUUUUGUUUUGUUUUCUACUUAACGGUGUCUCUAAUAAUAUGCUAAAAUGGAAACAAAAAAAAAAUAAGAAACAAGUUGCCUAUGUAAGGUUUAGAACAAAAAGCUAUACGACUAUGAACUUGUACAUGUUUGUGGAUAGUGUGUGUGUGUGCGUCUGUGCGUGUGGGUGUCAGUGUGUGUGUAUGUAUAUGUGUAUAUAUAUUCGAUGUAUACAUACACAUACAUACACACUGACUAAAUAAUUUGUAUAAAGUCAAGUUUCUGGUUGUACUCUCAUCCGUAGCUGUUCAGUUCAAUAAUGCCUAAUAAUAAUCACAUUCAUAAUAAUAAUGAGCGAUGCUGCUACGGUCAGAUAAAAACCAGAAAGACAACUAAUGCACUUACAUGACAAUCUCCAGUGGAAGCCGUUUUGUUCCUCUCUGAAGUUGUAAGAAAACCACACACACGAUACGGCGAUCACUUCAUCUUGCUAAGAUUCAUUCAAGGCUUUUUUUUUUUUUGAGGGGGGUCGGGGACACGCGCACUUUAGGCCGUCCCGUUUGAGGAGCCAGGGUACCCCCCGCACGCAAAUUAAAAAAAAAAAGACGUCAAACAGUCCCCAGCUCCCAUCAUGAUGACGCUGACCACCCACCACAAGCCGCUUCUUUGAAUGGAGAAGCAAAAAAAAUUAUUUUUUCCAGUCAGUAUUUUUUUUUUUUUUUUGCUGGGUUCUCCGGAUGAUAUGUGGCCUUUUAACACCUUUGUAUUAUUAUUAACAGUCUUGAGUUGAAUAAAUUACCCAGUCUUAUUUUCUACUCUAA